CGCUGUUAAAAUCGCUGCCCAUCACAAAGAUUUAGAUUUCCACAGAAAUCUAAAUUUGUCAAGGCAUUGAUAAAUACAAGUCUGAUAUGCCAAACCAAGACACUCUGAAGGUUGCCAGCUGCUGACUGAAGAACAAAAGUCAUACAGACUUGCUGACGAUGAAGACUCAGACCACGUUUUUGUUGGUGGCGGUAGCUGUAGUUUGCCUAGCUGCUCAUGGAUUGUGUGCAACCGGUCAAAAAAUCACAAGAUGCAGAUGUGUGAAAACUACAUCUCAUCUCAUUCAUCCCAAAAAGUUUCAACAUAUCGAGAUCUUUCCUCAGGGUCCCCACUGCAGAAAGGUGGAGAUUGUAAUUACCCUGAAGACAGGUGCAAAGGUCUGUGUGAAUCCUGAAACCGAAUGGGUCAAAAAAGUUAUUAAUAUCUUGACUGAAAGGUAA